AUGUCUCUUGAUUAUACUUUUACUCAACCUUCAAGUAUACAUUUUUCUUCAACUCAAAAAAAGUCUUUAACAACUCCUUCAUCGCAAGUAAUGAUCCGUGAAGAUAUUCCUUUAUUCAAAGAAGAAUGGAUAGAUGACAGAACUGAUUAUUCAAAUACUACUUCUAUACUACCUUCAUCCCCUUCUCAAUCUCCUAUUGAAGUAUAUAAUAAUCCUACAGAUUUUUCAAUCUCCUUAAAUGGUCUUUCUAUAUCUUCUUCUCCAAUACAAAACGAGGAUUCAAAAAUGCAUCAAAUACAUUUAUUAGGUUCCAACAGUACUAUGAGUCGUGAUGACCUUACUCCUCAACUCAGUAUCGAUGAGUUCUCUCGGUCUACUUCUAUGGAUUCUUCUGUCUCAAAUUCUCUUCAUCCUUCUAAAUCUACUCCUCCCCAAUUCAUCUUUAAUAAACCUUCUCAACGAAAAUCUACUCUAUUCGGUGAUUUAAAACGUGCUUUUAAAACUCCUUCAAGAUCAAAUUCUAAAAAAUCUUUCUCUUCUUAUAAAAACGUUCAAAUCUCAAAACAUGGUAAAUGGGGCAAACAUCUUGGUUCCGGUGUUGGCGGUUCCGUACGAUUAUUCCACCGUUCCUGUGAUAACAAAAAAUUCGCCAUAAAACAAUUUAGACCUCGUUUUUCUUACGAAUCAGAAAAAUCUUAUCGUAAAAAAAUUUUAGCUGAAUUUUGUAUAGCUUCAACUCUUCAUCAUGAAAACGUAAUAGAAACUUUAGAUAUUGUACAAGAAAAUGAUCAUUUAUAUGAAAUUAUGGAAUUUGCUCCUUUUGAUUUAUUCGAGUCUGUUAUGACUAAAAAGAUGUGUGAAAAUGAGAUCGCUUGUUGUUUUAAACAAUUGGUUAACGGUGUAAAUUAUUUACACGAAAUGGGUAUUGCUCAUAGAGAUUUAAAAUUGGACAAUUGUAUGUUGGAUGAAUCAGGAAUUCUAAAAUUAAUCGACUUUGGUUGUUCUACUGUCUUUAAAAAUCCUUUCGAUAGUCCAUGUGGUUCUGAUCCAUACAUAUGUCCAGAAUCUUAUAAUAAAACCCUUUACGAUCCUCGAUUAGCCGAUGUCUGGGCGAUGGGAAUAAUAUUUAUUUGUAUGCACAUGGGUAGAUUCCCUUGGAUGAUUGCAAAACCUAGCGAAUCUUCAUUCAAGGCAUAUCUUUCAAAUCCUGAUAGAUUAUUUAGAAGAAUUCCCGAAAAUUCAAGAUCAUUAAUCAAAAAAAUGCUCGAUGUAAAUGUAGAAAAUCGUGCUACCAUUAAAGAUAUUUUUGAUGAUGAAUGGUUUAAGGGAAUUGAUGUUUGUACUUAUCAUGCAUCAUCAAAAGGACAUAAACAUCAUUUGGUGGAAAGUCGUGAAAUUGAACAGUAA